GUUAGAACUAAAAUGAAGUUAAUACUCUUUAUCGGAUUUAGUUUGGUAUUUACAUUAAAAGUGGCAGUAGCAAUAAAUGGGGCCGAUUUAUUACCAUAUCUUCAUAAUCCGGAACCUCAAUUGCAGUUGAAAAAUCGGAAAUCUAUGGAUCAACGUAUUAGGGAUCACGGUUAUCCAGCAGAGAAACACAAAACAAUUACGGAAGACGGCUAUAUAAUAACACUGUUUCGCAUACCUUACUCCAAUAAACUCCAAAAUCAAGAUGCUUAUCGUCCCAUUGUUUUACUUCAACAUGGACUAUUUUCUUGUUCCGAUGCUUGGAUACUUACAGGACCUGAAAAUGCUUUACCGUUUAUCUUGGCUGACAAUGGUUUUGAUGUAUGGUUUGGCAAUGCACGUGGGAACACAUAUUCUCGUAAUCAUACAACAAUUUCACUAAAGCAUCCCAAUUUCUGGCGUUUUAGCUGGCAUGAAAUUGGUUACUAUGAUAUACCUGCCAUGAUCGAUUACGCUAUUGCAACAAAUGGUCAAAAUCAAAAGUCCAUACAUUACGUGGGCCAUUCGCAGGGUACCACAGUUAAUUUAGUGUUGUUAUCUUCUCGGACUGAAUAUAAUGCAAAAAUGAAAACUGUUCAUUUGUUCGCACCGGUAGCGUUCAUGAGCAAUAUGAAUGAUAAAUUAGUCCGGACGUUGGCUCCCUACUUGGGUCACACAAAUGUCUACUCAGCACUUUUUGGUUCUCAAGAGUUUGUGCCCCAUAAUGACUUAUUUAUGCUUUUAGCUUACAAUGCUUGUGGUUCCGAGUCGAUACUUUUAGGUCUAUGUACAUCUAUUUCAUAUAUGCUUGAAGGUGAAGAAACCAAUACAAAUAGGACUGCGUUACCUUUGUUAGCCGAAACACAUCCUGCUGGUGCUUCUACCGAUCAAAUCUGUCAUUAUAUGCAAGAACAACAAUCUGGCUAUUUCCGUCGUUUUGACUUUGGUUCAAGCAAAAAUAUGAAAAUGUAUGGUCAAUCAACUCCACCAGACUACACUGUGGAUCAAAUAACCGCUGAGUUGCAUUUGUGGUACAGUGACAACGAUGACCUGGCUGCUGUGGUUGAUGUUGAAAAACUCGCUGAUUUAUUGCCUAAUAGAGAAAUGCAUCAUGUCGAAGAUCCUACAUGGGCUCAUGGCGAUUUUACGAUGGCAAUGGAAGCACCCACUGUAAUAAAUGAACCCGUCAUUGAUAUUAUGUUAGACUACGAGCAAAGACACGGCAAUGAGAGAUGAGGCAACAAUUUAGAUUCUUAUGAUAAAUUCUUCUAU